GCCGCAUCUCCCGCAAGAAUGAAGACCAUUCUUAGCAAUCAGACAGUCGACAUUCCAGAAAAUGUCGACAUCACUCUGAAAGGACGCACAGUUAUUGUGAAGGGCCCCAGAGGAACCCUCCGGAGGGACUUCAACCACAUCAAUGUGGAACUCAGUCUCCUUGGGAAGAAAAAGAAGAGGCUCCGAGUUGACAAAUGGUGGGGAAACAGAAAGGAGUUGGCAACUGUCCGCACGAUCUGUAGCCAUGUACAGAACAUGAUCAAGGGGGUUACACUGGGCUUCCGUUACAAGAUGAGGUCUGUGUAUGCUCACUCCCCCAUCAACGUCGUUAUUCAGGAGAAUGGGUCUCUCAUUGAAAUUCAGAAUUUCUUGGGUGAAAAAUACAUUCGCCGAGUUCGUAUGAGGGCAGGUGUUGCUUGCUCAGUAUCUCAAGCCCAGAAAGAUGAACUAAUCCUUGAAGGAAAUGACAUUGAGCUUGUUUCAAAUUCAGCUGCUUUGAUUCAGCAAGCCACAACAGUCAAAAACAAGGAUAUCAGAAAAUUUUUGGAUGGUAUCUAUGUUUCUGAAAAGGGAACAGUUCAGCAGCCAGAUGAGUAAGAUCCAAGAGUUAAUCCAGCCGCAGAAACAAGCUUCUGGAUUGUAAAGCUAAUCUGAUAUUUUAAUGAGACAAUAAAAAAUCU